CACGAUUCCCCCGUCCCCCCCCCACCUCCCCGCCGCCGGGCCGGGGCCCCACUGGCGCGGGCCGCGAGCGGCCCCGCCCCGCUCCGCCUCUUUAAAGGGCUGUCGGCUCGCGCGCGCGGCUCCGCCAGUGCUCGUCUCGCGCCGAUGGCGCCGCUCUCGGCGGCGGCGGCCCCGCUUCCCCUCGCGUCGCGCGCCGCUUCCUCCCUCCGUUCCCUUUCGCUUCCGGGGUCAGAGCCGCCGCGGCCGCUGCUCGGUAACCAGCCGCUCGGCGGGGCCCGGCCGGGAGAGCCGGCAGCCGCGCCCCGCGCAGGCCGCGCCGCGCCGCCGCCCCCAUGGCCAGCAACCCCCAGCCGCAGCCGCCGCCGCCCCCGCCGCCCCCCCCUCAGCAGCCGCCGCCGCUGCCGGGGGCCGCGGCCGCCGUGGGGAGCGGCGCGGCCGAGCCCGAGCUGGUUUCCAUGAUCGUCAACCACCUCAAGAGCCAGGGGCUCUUCGACCAGUUCCGCCGCGACUGCCUGGCCGACGUGGACACCAAGCCUGCCUACCAGAAUUUGAGACAGCGCGUUGACAACUUUGUUUCCAAUCAUUUGGCAACUCAUACCUGGAGCCCUCAUCUCAACAAGAACCAGCUGAGAAAUAACAUUAGGCAGCAGGUUCUCAAGUCUGGAAUGUUGGAAUCUGGAAUUGACAGAAUUAUUUCUCAGGUUGUGGAUCCAAAGAUCAACCACACAUUCAGACCUCAGGUGGAAAAAGCUGUCCAUGAAUUUUUAGCCACAUUGAACCACAAAGAGGAGGCAGGCCCCAGUACAGGUUCAAGUGAGGAGAAAGCAGAUGCUUCUGUUACAGUACAAGGUGUCUCUUCUACAGCUCCUAGUGGCAACGUAGCUAGCGAUGCAAUGUCCAUUUUGGAAACAAUAACUUCUCUUAACCAAGAAGCAAGUGCUGCUAGGGCUUCAACAGAGAACUCAAAUCCCAAGAACAAUGAUAAAGUUGCAAAAAGACUCUCAUCUCAGCAGAGUGUGGAUGCUACCACUGAUAGAGAUAGAAAUGCAGAGGACUUCCCAGACAGAGAGAAAGCAAUUUGUGAUCUUUCUGGAGAAGGGACUGAAACAUUUGCAAAGUGUGAAGAUUUAAAUGAGCUUCCCUGCCAAAGUGAGGAAAUAAAAAAUUCAGCAAAGGAUACUAAUAGUUUGACUUAUAUAAGUAAAGAAAUUCAACGGGAAGGUGAAGAUCAAAAGAGUAAACUAUUAGAUAAAGGUGACAAGAAACCAGACAGCGGUGAAAAAUUUGAAAGAAGAAAAGAAAAGAAGGAAAAAUUUGACAAAAAGUCCGACCAUGCAAAGAAAAGUGAUGAUACUGUGAAGUCAAAAGAAGAAAAGCAAGCAAGAGAGUUGGAACCAGCUAAACAACUAGUUCUGGAAAAAAAUAGCAAUAAACAUAAACCAAGUGAAAGCACUAAAGAAACUAAAGAAGAAAAUGCAUUAGUGGAUUCAGAUAUGGAUGUACUCAGUGACAUCACUGUCAGCUCUGUCCAUACCAGUGACCUUUCUUCCUUUGAAGAGGAGAGCGAAGAGGAGACUGUAAUUUCUGACAGUACUGAAGAGGGGGAGAUCACAUCAGAUGAUGAGGAGGAGAAAAACAGUCAAAGUAAGACAAAGCCUCAUGCCAAUGAGCUGAGUGAUGGGAAAGCCAAGCCUGUCCGUCAUGCUUAUGUUCGCAAGCCUUUCUUGUACUCCAAGUACUUCAGUGACUCUGAUGAUGAACGAACCGUAGAACAGCGCCGUCAGUCCAUUGCCAAAGAAAAAGAAGAGAGACUCUUAAGACGACAAAUUAACAGAGAGAGACUUGAAGAAAAACGUAAACAGAAGGCUGCAGAAAAAACAAAAUCCCUAAAAGCUGGAAAUCAGAAUGCUAAAGGAAAGAGUGUCUUGAAUCUAGAAGAACCUUCAUCAAAAAGUCUUGAAUCAAAAGCUACUGCUACCAGCAUUAAGGAUGUACUUAAAGAACAGAAAUUUUUAGAAAAAAAAGUAGCCUUGAGCAGAAAAAGAAAAAGAGAUUCAAGGCAUGCUGAAGAUGGCUGUAAAAAGAAAUAUGUGCCAGCUGAGGAAGAUUCUAAAGAGGUGCAAAAUAAAAAUGAGACUUCUGAAAAAAAUUCUUCCAAAGAAUUGAAGCAUAAUCAUGGGAAAAGUGAAGUCUCUAAACACCUUAGAAGACUUUCAGAAUCAGUGCAUUCAACUGACGAAAGCAAAAAUGAUUCUAAAGCAGAAAAAGAACAUAGAAGAAAAGCCUCCACCUCUCUUCAGACUGAAGGAGCCCAGCAGGACAGUGAAACGAGGGAUCCAAAAAGACAACCCGAUAAAGCAGAAGUCCAUACUGAAGAAUUACAGAAGCAGAAACCCAUAUAUAAAAAUGAAAAACACCUCAGAAAAGAUAGUGACACGGAAAUUCAACAUGUGAGAAAUGCUGCCAAAAAAGAAGCCAAGUCUUUCAGAGAUAAAAAUGACAAGGAAAGAACUGCUUUAGAAGAUAAGCUUCUGUUAAAGCAUAAACACAAAGGAGACAGUAUUCACAAAUCAAGUGAAGAUGUUGAACUCUAUUCAUUUGAGAGAAGUUUGAAAGGAGAGGAUGGUGGCCAGAAACAUAAUCAACAAAUAAAGGUUUCUACCGAUGACAAAUCUGAAAGAAAAAGUAAACACCGGAAUGAACGGAAAAUGUCUGUAACAGGAAAAGAUACAAAACCCACUUCUGAAUCAACCUUAAAAGCUGAAGAGUUGCUGCGUAAGGAAAAUAAAAAAGACAAACAUCUCUCAACAGAAAAAUCAAGAGCUGAAUACAAGUCCAAAAGGUCCCUGAGUGAUUCUAGGCCACAAAAGGAUUCCUCAAGUGCCUCAAAGCAACUUGCUUCUGCAUCCCACAGACGGAGUGAAAGCUACUCAGAAGAUAAACAUGAAAUAGAACCAACUAACUCUGACUGUAAUUUAAAACAAGAAGAUGGUGUUCAUAAAGAUAGGCGAAGAUCUAAGAGCCUUGUAGAAGACAAGAUUUUGUUAAAAUCUAAGUCAAAGAGUCAUAGUAAACAACUCAAAACAUCUGAAACAGAAUUACAGGAAAACGUAAUGAAACAAGAGACUAGCCAGAAACUAGACAAAGAUAAGAGCAUGGAAGAGAAUGAGUCAGACAAACAGCACAAACCCAAGAAUGAUGACAAAGUUUUUGAAGAGAGUGGUGCUGAGCCAGAGCUUGUAAGUGGCUUGCAAUCAACUCAGGGAUCACAAAAAGACUCUAGUCACAGAGUUAAGUCGCAUUCUGGAGAAAGAGGAUCUGUAAAAGAGAAAUAUAGAGGUGAUAAAGAUUUAAGCAAUUCCAAACUAGAAAGAAGGUUCUCUGCUGAAGGUCACAAAAGCAGAAACUUAAAGCACAACAACAAAGAAGUUAAGAAGAAGGAAGAGAGUAUCAAACUGGAAGAUAAAGAUACUAAAGAAAUGGACAGUGGGCAUGAAAAAAUUUUGGGCAUCACGGUGGCAAUGGAUAAAAAACAAAGUAAGAAGAUACCCUCUGAAAAUAGAAAAGGCAGUAUAUUGAGCCAAGAUGUACCUGGAGAGGAAAAGCAAUCUGCUAGCACAACUGAGUGUUGCCAUGCUCCAGCCCCUCAAAAGUCAAGUAUGAAUAAUGAUGACUUGCAUUCUGAUCAUGAGGAAGAGCUGAUGGAACUUGAUUUGAAACAAACAAAAGUACAGGAAGCAUCUAAUAUUGAAGGAAAAAACAUUCAAAACUCACUCCAAGCCACAGAUGCAUCAAAAGAAAAAAAAUCUCUCUCAAACAAGGAGUUAAAACACAGCUUGAUGGAUCCUGAAGCUUGUGAGUCGCAGUUUCUGCUUGCAGCUGAAAAAGAUGUUAAACAAGAAGAUAUCCCUAACAAACAAAUUGGUGCCUUAGACACUCUGUCCAAACAAGCUUCCACAAAUCAAGAACCCAAUAAACAAGGGGCUUAUAAAAUGAACGUUGUGUAUGAAAAAAGUGGUAGAAUCUUACUGAAUGUUCCCAUUAAGGAUCAAGCUUCAGAAGACAGCAAAAGACCAAAGAAUUUUAAAACUGUGAUAAAUUCAAAUUUGGAUGAUGAUCAUUUAGCAAUUAAUUCUUCCAGAGAAGAUGCUGCUGAUGCGAAGUCCAUGGAUACGGAUGUUGCAGAUUUUACAGGUUCCUUGGGUAGUCUGUCUAAAGAAUGCCAUAAUUCAGAUAGGACUUCUUUAUUUGAAGAUGCUUUCACUUUGAAGAGUGAUACAGCACAGAUUGUAUGCAUGGAACAAGACGAUAGUGCAGUACUGAGUUCUGUCAUGAAAGUUGAUGACAACACCACUAUGACAAACAGUACAAAAAAAGAUAAGUUGCACUGGCCUGAUGUACAGGCAAUGGAAGACAGUACAGCUGGGUUACCUAGUCAAGAAGGUUAUGAUGAAGCAGCAAAGCUAGGAGGUACUCAGGGAAGUGAGUUGAAAAUAAAGGAGCAAAACUUCAUAACUAAAGAAUGUGGAGAUGUAACAACAAAAGAAAUUCUGCAAGGAAGAGACUACUUGAAUACAGGCCCUCCCACAAAGAGAGAAAGAAGCACAAUGAUGGAUAAUGUGGAAAACAACAAGGUGCAUGACAUUGAUGAUAUGAUACAGUCUUCCUCAGUGUUGGUACCUGAAAGAGUUCCCAAGGAAACAGUUAAAUGCUCUGUUAAAACCAGUGAACAAGAAGGGAAUAGUGUGAUUGGCAUGGAAGAUAAAAACGAAAGCAAUGCAGUAGGUACCAGUGCAGGAAGUAGUAAACUUAGUUUGUUAUACAAAAGCCUACAAACAGCUCCAGCCCCUGCAAUAGGAACUAGCACAGAAAAGAUUGAGAGCACUGUAAUGGCCACUAGUACAGAAGAAGAAGGAGCUGAAGGUGCGUCACAUUCAGAGAAGGACAGUGAUGCUACAACCACUUGUUCAGAAGAAGAAAGUGAGGUGACAGUAAUCUGCACAAGUAUAGAGGCUGAUGAAGGUUUCACAACGGGCCUAUGGGUGAAAAGUAGUGAGGGCAGUGAUUUCAUCACAGGAGCAGAUAUUGGUGAGUGUACUGUAGCAGCAGCUGAGGAAGGUGGUAGUAGUGUUGUCACAGAAGGGUACGCAGAAAGUGAAAGUUUCCUGACAAGUACAGAAGGAGAAGAAAAUGGUGACUGUACUAUGAUUGAUGCAGAAGAAAGUGGUAAGGAUUCUGUCAAUGCAAGUGGAGUAGAAAUUGAAGACAGUGUGAAUAGUGCUGGGGCAGAAGAAAAAGAUGAUGCUGUGACCAGUGCAGGCUCUGAAGAAAAACGAAAAAACUCAACUUGUGCUGAUACAGGCAAAUUUGAAAGUUCUGUAUCCUGCUUAGGUGAAAUGGAGAGUGAUGGAGCUGUAACUAGUGCAGGGACAGAAACAGGUGAAGGGUCGACAAGUGGUGAUAGUUCAGGUGUAUUCAGGAGCAGUAUGAGAGCUGGCCAAGUAAAAGAACAUGAAAGUACUGUGACUUGCACAGGUGCGGAAGAAAGAGGUCGUAACUUCAUCAUCUGCUCAGUGACUGGUACAGAUGCCCAAGGAGAAAGCAAUGUAACUGGUGCAUGUGUUGCAGUGGUCACAAACAACAGUGCCACAACUGGAGCUAGUGGUGACAAAGCUGAGGACACUGUGAACGGUGAAAGUGCAGUGACCAGCACAGGCAUAACUCCAGAAGAUGAUGCUGAAGUUUCAGUUGUCUGCACAGGGCUAGAAGACAGCAAUGAGGGCUUUGCAGUUUGUUUAGAAGCUGAAAAAUGUGAAAGUCUAAUGGACAGUACAAGGGCAAAGGAAGAAGCCAGUGUCACUACAGUCAGUGUAGGCCUGUGCGAUGAUGAAGGUUUCGUGACUAGUACUGGCUCAAAAGAAGAGGAUGAAGAAGGUGAGGGCAUUGUGACCAGUACAGGAAGAGGAAAUGAAGAAAAUGAGCAUGCUUCUGCUUGUACAGGAAUGGAAAGUGAAAAUGCAGUAAUUUGUAUAGGUGCAGAAGAAGGUGAAAGUUCUAUUAUCUGCAUUGUUGAUGAACAAAUGGAAGCUGAGUCGGGAGUAGCUGGCACAAAUAUAAAUAAGCUUACUGUUGACAGCAUGACAAGUGGAGAGAAAGAAGCUAAUCGUGGCACAAACUGCAAAAAUGAUAAAGGAAUUGUUGAAAGCAGCGUAACCAGUGCAAGUGCCGCAGAUGAAGGUGCCAUGACUCUGCAUAUAGGAAAACAUGAAGGCACCUUGAUCCCCUUAGAUGCUGAAGAAUGUGAAGGUCCCAUGACUAGUGCUAUGGCAGUGCAAGAUGAGAGUCAUUCUGGUGCCAAGGAUGAACAUGAGAAUGCCUUGACUUCCUUUGACAGCAGAGAACUUGAUGCCUCUAUAAGUAGUGCAGUUUUAAAGGAAGACAAGAAUUGUCUUAUUCCUGCUGACAGAGAAAAAAAAGUAAAAGGUGAUGUCAUCUCUACCAGUAUGGUGGAAGAAAAUGAUGCUCCAUUACAUUCAGCCAUGGAUGCUGAGGAAGGUCCACUUGCUGUUGCAAGAGCAAAUGAAAAUAGGGAAAGCUCUAGGAUCUUAGUAGACACUGAAGACACAGAAGUGCCUAUGCCCAGUACAGCUACGGAGUUUAAAGAAUGUGUGCAUACUUCUGGCAGUAAGCAGGAGAAAGAUGAGUGCACUAUGAUUUCCACCAGUAUUGUGGAAGAGUUUGAGGCUCCUAUGUCGAGUGCAGCUAUUGAAUAUGAUGGUCAGCUCCCCUCUGUGAAAACAGAAGAAAUAAAUGAGAAUGCUAUGGUUUCUGUAGAUAUGGAAAUAUAUGAGGUGCCCAUGCCUAGUGAAUCCAGUGCAGGAGGAGAUGAUGAUGGAAGUCACCCAACUGCUAGUGGUAAGGAAGAAAAAGAUGAGUGUGCUAUGAUUUCCACAAGUGUUGUGGAAGAACAGGUAAUCCUAAUGUCAGGUGAAGUCACAGAAGUCACAGAAGAGGCAAUUCAACAUGUGUCAGACAGCGAGUCAAAAAAUGAAACAGUCGUGAUCUCUACAAGUACAGCGGAAUCUUUUGAGGCUCCUAUGUCUAGUGUAGCUAUGCAAGAUGAAAACAAACCCACUGCUUCAGAAACAGAAGGAAGAUAUGAAGCUUCUAUGAUCACUACAAGCAUGACAGAAGAAUGUGAGAUAGUCUUGAUCAGUGCAGCACCACAGGCUGAAAGUCAACUCAUUUUAGCAGGAGAUGAAGAUGCAGUUAUCUCACCAAAUGCAUCAGAGGAAUGCAAGAUUGUGGAGACCACUGCAACAGUAGAUGAAGACUUUGGAGUAGCUGCUUUCAAAGCAGAUACAAAAAGCAAAGGUUCUGUGAUUUUUGUGGGAGAAUGUGGAGCUCCUGUGCUGAGAGUUGCCACCAACAGUGAAGAUCAACACGCUGCUUCAAGCAUGGGAGAUCAGGAGGAGGGAACAGUGAUCACUCUGAGCACAGUGGAAGAAUGUGAUAGCCUCUUCACCUUUACAGUCAUAGAAGAAAGUCAACUUGCUGCAGAGAGUACAGAAAUAAAAGACAAAAGUGAGGAAAUCUUUAAUACUGCUAACCAGAUUGAAUGCAUCCUAUCGACUACAGGCCUGGAAAAAAACAGCGAUUCUUUGCUUGUUGUUGGUAGAGAGAACGAAACCCCUGAGAGCGGUGUUAGGGGAGAAUCACCAACGUCUCAGAACACGGUAGGCAGUGAAAUCGCAGAAACAGAUGAAAAUUCAGUCAACCUUAUGAGUGUAGAUGAAGCCCUGUGUGUGGAGAUUAGUACAGAGACUGCUGUGAGUCCGAAUCCUUCCUCAGAGGUAACUGAGGAUAAUGAGCAAGCUGAAGACGUUUCACAUGAAGAUGUUGCAUCAGAACUCUCUUGUAUGAUUGCAGAAGCAGCGGUAGAGAGUGAAACUCUAAGGAAUGUGAACUAUAAAUUUAACUCAAACUUGCUUUUAGAAAGUGACUUUUCUGAAAUAAGGACUUCCCUGCCUAGACCACAAUCUCCUUCCGUAGUAAAUACCAACCAUGGUAAAGUGACAAGGGAAGCAGAUUUAGAGGAAAAAAGUGACUUUCCUUUGUUGCAUGUGGAAGAGCUAUAUCACAGUGAUAACAAAACAAACUCAGUCAAAAUAGAUGAUGUUGGAGUUGAGGUUACUUUUCAAAAAAGUAACACAACCGUCAAUUCAGGCAAUAAUGCAGCUUUACCAAAGUUGGCAGAAGAUCUAGAAUUUGAAAGUAACUUGAGAACUGAUGAGUCACAACACCCUGAAAGUCCAAGAAGUGAAGAGGGAUUUGUGGAUCUUCAUGCUAAGGAGUUUCAAAAAGAUUUGCUGCAGAGGAAUACUGCUUUAGAAGAAGAAACUUUUCAUGUGGAAAAUUUGGAUACCCAGAUAACCGAAGAACAUAGAAUACAAUGCAAAGCUUCAGGAACAGUGGAUGAAGAAAAAAGCAACCAGGUAAUUGCUCAGGAUGUGAGAAAAGAUGAACAAAGUCAAUGCUUGAAAAUGAAACAUGAUAAUAUUUUCAAGGAAGAUAUUUUAGGUGAUACAGCAGAAGUGGCCAAAGAAACGGAUGUAAAGCAUACACCUCCUAAAAGUACAAUGGAAGAAAAAGAUGAAUUUACCGUUGAACAGGAAAUAUCUGAAAAGGAAAAGCUCGGUCCAGAAUCAAACGAAAAUUCUCCAGAGGAAAAUCAGCCUGUGAUAGUGAAACGGAAAAGGGGAAGGCCUCGCAAAUACCCUCUUGAAGCUGUGCAGCCUGGUGGUGGGGAGUCAAAAGCUGAUAUGAGCACUGGGAAUUUGCAGUUUCCUAUCUUUGCAAGUAAAGGGAAAAUGCCUCAAACAGGUACAGACAUAUCUAAUAAGAAAGAAACAGCAAAUGAAGAUGAAGCUGAGAAAGCAGAAAUGAUAGUACGUAAAAGGGGAAGAAAGCCCAGGCGUUCUCUGGCUCAAUCAGAGGAAACUGAAACACUGGAGCCAGAAAGAAAACGUCGGAAAUUAACGUCUUCUGAAGAUGAGCUAAAAGAGCAGGAGGAAGGGGAGGAGGAAGACGGUGAGGAAGAUGAUGAAGCACAUUCCGGGGCCACGACUAGAUCAGCCACAAGAUUAGAGGCUCAAAGAAAGCAGCCCAGCAAGCCAACCACACGUGCAACUUCUAAAGGCAGCAGUCCAAGUUCAGUUUCUCCUAGAAAACGACAGAACCUACCAGCAAAAAAAAGAUCUCCAGGUGAUACAAAAAUUAAUAAAUCUCCUUCGUUGACACAGUUAAAGGCGCAGUCUGCUAAACGUAAGAGGGAAGACAGCCCAACAGCAGUACGGAGGAAAGGCCAGCAGAAGACAGAGGAAACAGCAGUGAAGAAAGCAAAACGAUAAUCUUUACCAGCUAGUGCUGUUCAUGGAAGAGUCAAAAGAAAAACAACCAUCUGUGCUUCUAUUUUUUUUAAAGCAAAGGGAUUUGCACGUGCUUGUUUCAGAGCUCUAAGUUUAAUCAAUGCAGUACUUUUAAGUUACAUUUUGAACAGCUUUAUAAACUAUUGUUUAUACAGAAUAUUAUGUACAUUUAUUUCAGAUGAAAAAUAAGUUUACUUUGUAUCUGAAUGAAAAACAAAGUAGUUAUAUAUUUUAUCACUGACUUGGAAAGUUAGGGUUUCCCAAUGUGACGUGCUAAUGCAGAUGCUUCCAACCAGUGAGGCACCCCUGGGCCUACUAAUACACUUUGUACAUAAACUUGUAAAAAUAGGUUGUAUUUUACUCUGUGUAUGAAUCUAAUUGACGAUGGACAUUUUAUUUAUUAUAUGGAAAGCAUUGGUCUGUAAACUUUAGUAUAUACCUUAGGUUUUUUAAUUAUAUAUUUUACAUUCUAUGCAGAUGUCAGUAGGAAACUUCCCCUCUGCUCCCCAGGGCUGUCUAAAACCUGAAGUUCUCUAAAACUGCUUGGACAGUUGGUCAAGUAUUUUUCUCGCAUGCAUUGAAGUAGUUUAGCGUAGUGAAGGGGACUCAGCUCCUUUCUGUUCACAUUUGUGACAAAGUAUAAAAUGUAAUCUUACUAGAUUAUAUUUUCACUUGUGAAUUUACUACCAGCCUCAAGAAAUAAAUAGUAUUAGGUUAGAUUUAUUCGCAGUCAGCCAACACUACCCAGAAAUGAAACAGUUGUAUCUCGCAACUAAACACCUGUUCUUUCAGUAUUUUAUCUUAUUCAACAGAGGGACCCAUUGAAAUCAAAUGUCACUUCUUCAAACUGUAGAGCUUCAGCAUUUUAUGUUACAUUUUAUACACAGGUAUUAAAAAUAGAACCUGGUAUUAUUGCCAGAAUCUUUUUUUAAUGUAUAUUAACUCUGGUAAGAACAAAUGUUCAAGUGAAGUUGUAUAUAAAGUUAAACUUUUCUUAUGAUCAAAUGUGUCUCUUGUUAUGAUGUGAUGAGUUGCCAAACAAUCUGAGAUUAUUUUGUUUCGUUGAUAUUCUGGUUUAUAAUUAAAAAGGAUUUGGGGGGCGGCCUGCAGUUCUACUUUUUCUUUUUAUUUUUUUCCUCUUUUUUUCUUUUGUGAGUUUUUUUGAACUUGUUGUAAGGCAGAUGUUUCCGUCAGAUUCUGCUUGGUUUCUUACUGAGAUUUUUAUAUAAAAAGAUGUUUGCCAAAA